CCGCAAAUCAUCCACAUCGUGCGUCGUCGUCAUCAUCUUCGUCCUCGUUACCCUCACCGAAACCUUGACCAUUGCGAUCGGCGCAGUAUGUUUCUAAAGUUCAUUAAAACUUGUCGCUCCCGUCGUCGUCGUCGUCAUUCUCACCACUCGAUUGAAAGGAACUGCGAUGAAACUGCUACAGAUAAAGUCGAAUCGUGCUGCUCGGAUUACGACCGCUACUGGCAUCGUGCUCUGGUGGAUUUUAACCAAUCAUUGCAGCUGGCAAUUGGAACUGGAUGAAUCGUUGGCGGUGUCCGGUUUUGGGUACGAGCUGUUGAUUGCCAAAAUGGAUCUCCUGGAGCAAAAGAUUGUCGACUUGGAGUUGACCGUGAGUGAGCUGAAAGCGGACCGAAGGACAUGCACUUGCACUGAUGAAAGGACGACGACGACGAUGCAGAUGGUUGAAAUUGAAGACCAGAGUCCGAAGUAUAAAUCUUGCAGCGAUGCUCCAGUACAGACGCCCGGAUUGGUGCAAUUGAAACCCCCCGGAGGUCCAUCAUUUGAAGCUCUUUGUGAUUUCAUCAAUUUCGGUGGAAAUUGGACAAUCAUUCAGCACCGAUUUUCCGGACAAGUUGAUUUUUAUCGGACUUGGGACGAGUACAAAAAUGGAUUCGGUGAUUUGCGAGGGGAGUUCUGGCUGGGGCUGGACAAAAUCCAUCGGAUAACGAAUUCCGGGAAUUUCGAAAUAUUGUUUGUUCUCGUGGAUUGGGACUUCAAGUUGUUGCGCGCUUCGUACGAUUCAUUCCGAAUUGGAUCGGAAGAGCAAGCCUACAUUUUGGAUGAAUUGGGAUCUUACAAAGGAUCAGCUGGCGAUUCCUUCAGUUAUCACAAGGGAAUGAAGUUUACGACCCAUGAUAGGAAAAACGACAACAUUCCAGGUAGUAACAAUAAUUGUGCUGUUUCGUUUCACGGUGCCUGGUGGUACAACAAUUGUCAGACCAGUAAUUUGAACGGACGGUAUCGAGGAGCAGGAAAGUCAACCUGCUGGAACACUCACAAUCCACCGAAAUACGCCUGGUGCGGUGGGUUUAGUAGUACGAAGAUUAUGAUAAGAGAGAAAAAAUGAAAUAUAUUAGAUGAUUCAAGAACAUCCAAA